AUGGCCACCAUGUUCCGCGACUUCUCCUUCGACCCGGCGCCGUCACCUGACUACUCCGCCUACGAAGCUGAGCGGGCAGCUAUGAACGUCUCGCCCACGUCACAGGCGAUGGACCCGCAUUACGCGCCAAAUCGCCCUCCCACUCCACCAUGCACUAUGGGCGACCUCGCCGUGCAACUCAACCAGCAAAGCCUCCGCAUCGACACGACUGUCCGCUGCUAUCCUGCCGGUCCUCUUACACCAGAGAGCGACGAUGACGAGUGCGCGCCUUCCACAAAGCAAGAACAGCAGGCGCGACCCACCUACUCGCGCAUCGCAGCUUCCGUUCUCAGGAUGCAACGCCAACAGAGCUCGCGCAUGCAGUGCAGCUCAUCGCAUGCUCGCGAUCUCUCCAAGCUGGUCAAGAUGAUCGAGGAGGAGAAGCAGUGCACCGUCAGCGAGUCGUCUUCACGAACAUCCUCUACAUCUUCGACAUCAACAUGCGCACCUGGCAACUCUGGAGACGACGAGGGCGUCGACAUGGACUACGAUGUGCCUGCGUCAGGCAUCGAGUCGCUCGCCAGCAUGCCAGUGUGGAAAGCCCACGAAAGGCGCGACAGCUGCGUCCGCGUCACCCGACCUGUGCGCAUGCGCAAGCGGUCCAAGGGCAACGGCGUAUCGAAGAGGCGGUCAUCAUAG